ACAUUGCCCCCACACUUCACCUGCUCCACCACCAUCACUCCCUCCCUCAGUGCAGCUCUCCUCUCCUCUCCUUUCACGAACUCCCCCCUCCUCCGCUAGCCGCCGACACUCCAUUACUGCUCCACCCAUAUCCAGCCAGAGCUCGGCGGCCGGCGAUGGACCUGCGGCGGCGGCGGCUGGCGCUGGCUGUGUUGGCGGCGGUGGCCAUGUGCGCCGCCACACUGACGGCGGUGGUGGAGGGGUUCGACAUCCUGGAGAUCCUGGGGAAGCACGACGAGUUCUCGCAGUUCUGCAAGCUGCUCAACGAGACGCACCUCGCCGGGGACAUCAACCGCGACCGGACCAUCACCGUGCUCGCCGUCGCCAACGGCGACAUGGGCCACCUCACCGGCGGCCACUACUCGCUCGGCACGCUCCGUCACAUCCUCGAGCUCCACGUCGUCGCCGACUACUACGACGAUAAGAAGCUCAAGCAGCUGUCGCACGCCGCCACCGCCGCAUCCACCAUGUUCCAGCGAUCCGGAUUUGCCCCCGGCAUGGCAGGAUACGUGAACAUAACGCAGCACCGCGGCGGCAAGGUGUCGUUCAUCGUGGAUGACGCAGCGGACAGCGUGAAGCCCGUCACCUACGUGAAGCAGAUCGAGAGCCACCGGUACGACUACUCGGUGCUCCAGGUGAGCGGCGUGCUGUCGUCGCCGGAGGCGGAGGCGCCCGUGGCCCCGCCGGCGCCCGUCAACCUCACCGACAUCCUCUCCAAGAAGUACUGCAAGAGCUUCGCGGCGCUGCUGGCCGCCGACGCCAAGGUGUUCGACGCCAUCAAUGGCACCAAGGACACGGCGCUGACCGUCUUCUGCCCCGUCGACGCGGCGGUGGCGGCAUUCAUGCCCAAGUUCAAGAACCUGACGGCGAAGGCGAAGACAGCCAUCCUGCUGUACCAUGCCAUCCCGGACUACUACUCCAUGCAGUUCCUCAAGUCCAACAAGGGCAAGGUCACCACGCUCGCCACCACCAACACCAACAAGAAGGACUACACGUAUGAGGCCGAGAGCAAGGAUGACACGGUCACGCUCGACACCACCGUCGUCACCUCCACCAUCCAGGCCACCGUCAGGGACGACGACCCACUUGCCGUCUAUGCUGUGUCCAAGUUCCUGCAGCCUAAGGAGCUGUUCAAGGCGAAGACGGCAGACCUUGCGCCUGCGCCUGCUCCGGAAGGGCCAAAGAAGAAGAAGAAGAAGAAGCCCGCCAGCGGCUCUGCAGCCGCUGCGCCUUCGGACGAUGACUCUGCAGAUGGCCCGUCUGCCGACGACUCAUCCGAUGACGCCGCCGACAAGGCCGCCGCUGCGCCGGCGUCCCUGUUUGCCCGGUGGGUGACGAUCGCCGUGGCGCUGGCGCUGGCGUUGGCAGCCUAAGUAAGGUGUGCGCUCAUGUGCUAUGUUUUUGUUUUGUUUAGCUUAUUUUGGACCCUAUCUUCUUUUCUUUGUCCAAUUCGUGUCCCUUCCUUGUUGGUGCAGAAAAUAAGAAGGGCUAUUUUUAAUUUUAUAUUUAUUUAUUACCGCAUUCCAUAAAAAAAAGAGAGAAAAGGUGAGAGGUGUGUGUGAGUGAUGUAACUCUUUUGAUUUUGUUCAUUGGGUUUGUGGUGAUCAUUUUGUAAUGAUAGUGGCCAAUUGGAGAGUGGGUUAAGUUUUCACAUAUGAGUCAUCAUAUGGAGUUUAGAAAAGCAGCAGUGUUUGUUGCUUGCUUUCAUUCAA